AUGUCCUCUAGGCGUGCUCGGCCACUAGAGUACCUGUCUCUCUUCUUGGCAAGCAGUGGCUGGGCAAGGACAAGGAUACCAGCCAGCAGAUUCUCCAGUGGUGAUGGGCCCAAUGGCCGCCUGCAGGAAGUGGAGUUCGGCACUCCUGACCAAUUAAAUCACAGAUCACCAUACAGCGAGGCUUACUGCUCUCACGUUGUCACCUACAAAUACGGUAACUUCCUGCAGGCUCCGGAGAAGUUCUUCAAUAAACAUGUCAAGGGUCAGGGACCCGGACACGGGCCCGGCAGAGCGGGAAGCGCAGAGGGGCUUCCUCGCCUGAGCCGCAGCUCCGCCAGCGCUCCGGACGCACGCGUCCGCCAGAGGGAGGCACAAGGCACCGGGCGGGUUGGGAUCCCGGGGCUGCCCGGGCGGGACGUGUCCAGCCACGCAUCGGGGCGCCGCGGCCACCCGCGCCAAAGCCGCCCGUGGGCCAGCCGCCGACCGGCACACCGAGGCGCAGCGUGGGCGGGAUUGUGGUUGCUCCCCAGGAGCACGGCGCUCACCUCUGCUUCAUGCUGCUGUGUCCUCGUGGCCGGCGAGGCCACCCAGCCGCGCGCCGGGACACGCAGCCGCAGCCCCCGCGCGCUAGCCCGCAGCGUCCGGCGCGGCAGCAGCAGCAGUAGCGGCGGCAGGAGCGGCGCCGCCGGGGCGGGGCCAGCACAUGGGAGGGCGGGGGCUGCGGCCCUUCAGGCUGGACCACCGACCCCAACGGGGGUGCGGGUGCUCAGUGCUCCCGCAGCUCACUCCUGCUCCUCAUACUCAGAGGCCCGGUUGUCACCUCCAGGGUCGGUCCUGAAGAAGUCUCACGGAUCACAAGCAGCUACCCUGCGACUGGGAGGAUCUGUUUGCAGAGGAAGCUGCAGGCCUGCCGACUGCGAUGACCUGGGAGCAGCGCUAGCCCUGUGGACCGCAGCUGAGGGAGAAGGUCGCCUUCCCCAGCAUCAGCUCCAAGCGCUGCUGUGUGGACAGCAGCACCCCCUUCCUACAGGGCUGUGACCUCACUGCCACCUGGGGCUGCUGCCUCUGAGGUAGCAGACACAAAGAGCGUGACCUUCCAACAGUGAUUGACAAUUUAAUGGGAUUCUUUGGUCAUUGCGGGACAUUUAUAACUGAAGUGGGAAGGAAUUUCAUAUGGC